AAAGUUGCAGUUGCACCUUUAGAACCGUCCGUAUGUAAAUAAAAUCUUCAAAAUAAAUCACCUGGUUAUUUUUUCAAUUCGAGGUUAUAAUUUUUUCCAAAAUGAAGAACUCUAUUUGCUGAUUUUGAAAUGUUAAACUGACUUCCAAAUUAAUUUGUCGAACAUCAUGAACAAUCAACUGCGAGUUGUUGAUGACGAGGAGAUCAAAGGUGAAAUUUACCUUUCUGGAGUAACGGUCACAAUUCAUCCAAUAAGCGUGCAAAUAUUUAACGUUAAUAAAACUAAUAGACAGUCUAUUCACUUGAAAGAAUUUUGUUUAACAGACGAUCGGAAUGUAUCGUGUCUGUUCCAAAUAGAUGCGACUAGAUCUAAUACUGAUAAUAUUUGUGCCCAAAUAACUUUUAAUCGAAGGCCAAUAGUUAAUCAGUAUGAAAUAUCUCUUUAUUUUAUCAACGAUCAUCACAAGCUUGAACACAUUCAAACUCUACACACGGAUACAGCUAAAGAUAAAAAAACAUUAGUUUUUUCCAAAUUCGCUGAUAAAUUUGGUCCGGGAUGUUAUCACAAUCGCAAUAUAAUAAAUGAAUGUUGUGUCUUGUGCACUAAAAUUUCUCGAAAAGAUAUCCCUUAUAUUUUUGCAAAGAAACCAGCACUUUGUCUUCCUAGCCAAAUAACAGAUUGUUCUUUACUUUUCGAAAACAAUGCGCUUGCUAAUUUUGUAAUCGUAGUCGAAGACAGGGAAUUUCGAGUUCAUAAAGAAAUUCUUGCUUCUAAAUCGUCAGUUUUUCUUGCUAUGUUUGAUAGUGAAAUGAAAGAAAAGAAAGAAAACAAAAUGACUAUUGAGGAUAUAGAAGCGGAUGUAUUUCACGAAUUUUUGCGGUAUAUUUACACGAAUAUUGUAAACGAAUUGAACACUCACGCCGAGAAACUUUUUGUGGUAGCUGAUAAGUAUGAUUUGUCAAAACUAAGAUUAAUUUGCAUCGACGAAUUAACUAGAUCUUUGAAAAUUGAAAAUGCAAUUCAUACACUGAUGUUUGCUGAUCGGUAUAAUACAAAUACGUUAAAGGAAAGAACGAUUGAAUUUAUAAAAUGGCAUAUAAAGUCUAUUGUCGAGACUGAAGAUUAUAAGAGAUUAUAUCAAACAAAACAAGCCUAUCUACUCAAUGAAAUUAUACUGUCCGUGAUUUAAUUGAGUAUAUAAAUUAGAUAAGUUAUGAUCAUAUUUCAGGAUUUCUAGCGGAUCGGGAAAUCGGGAAACCCCCGGGAAUUUGUUUAUCCUACUAAAUAAUCGAUAAAUUUUUAAAGUCAAGUAACACAAAGUUUGGUAAGGUAAAUAAAUAAUUAGUUUCUUUACGAUAUAAAUUAUGUAAAUGAUGUUAUAAAAAACUCAGGCAAUUUUAAGUGGCUUGAUCGCUAGAUACCUUGAAAUUUGCUUAUAAGAUGAAAUUCAUCAACGGCUAUUUUGAUAACUGACCAAUUUGUAUUAUGGAUAUUUGAAUAAAUGUGAAGUUAGGAUUAUAAGUAAUAAAAAGCGGAGUGUCUGCAUUUGGGGUCGUCAAAAUUUUUUAAUUAAUUAAUUUUUUAUACUUUUCAUACAAAUAGCCCUCAAGUUUCUCUGAAUUCAUUAUACAAUAAAUGCGUUAAAAACGAUAUUUAGAGGUGGUGGAAAUCCCACGAAGUAAAACACGUAUUUCUCAUACAAAAGACGUUUCUGUACAUUUAAUUCAGAAUCGGCAAUAUUGCGUGAAUCGCGUUUUAACUUUAAAUUUCUUUUGGCGACUAGUCAUACAUUACAUAUAAAAAAUUUCUUCUUAAAUAUCACGCUAAUAAGUCUGUUUUAUAGUCCGAAAAAACCCAUAAGUGAAAAAUUGGCUCUCGCGAGUUUUUGGCCUUAAUUAUAAUUUUUUGUGGUAAUUAAGGAAAUUGGACAGCAAUAAUGGUUUAAAGGGAUUGUCUAUACGUAUAGAAAAAAUCCGGCUAUUUCUACCAAAAUUUCGGUACACGUAACCACACCAUUUAUUAUUAUCAGUUAUAACAAUAUUCUCUUAGAAUAAUGCUAGAAAGUUGAAGUUUUAGAGAAAAUUUCCACUUUUUGUU